AUGUUUGGAAACACUGCACCGUGGGCAUUCCUGGCAGCGGCCAUAGGUCCAGCGGUCGCACAGUUUGAUGCCUGGCAAGAUGGCCAAAUCAGCACUGAAAUAUGUAUUUGGAAGCAGCCAAGAGGUGAGAACAUCGUUGUUGAUCUCGUCAAAGCUUUGCCUAAUGUCUACUUAGCAAUAAUGAUUCGGGAUAUGGUGUAUCUAGAUGGCGGUGAUAUCAAAUGGACUGCAAAUAUGAACGAUGGCCAAGCGAUCACAGGACUUGACACAGGUAACAAUGAGGGCAUUAUCCUCAACUUCAACCUGAGCACUCCAUUCAAUACAACGACAAAUGUGACGCAGAUUCUUCUCGACAAACCAGCCAUGUCAAAAGCACGAGGCGGCUCAGGAAACAGUAAUGGCGCUGCGCCUAACUUUAUCGACGGCGCUCUUCUUGGUAAUGAUGCUGAAUUCUUCCUUUACGGUGGCGAUCUGUUACGGAACGACGACUUAUAUCAAGCACCCGAUAAGGAUGACGUCUUGGGCUACCAGGCAUACCAGUACGGACCGGACAAGCCGACAUGGAAGCCAGGUUUUGUUGAUGACAAGCUGGACAAAGACGUCACUCGAUACGUCGCGUACGGAGGGGCUGCAAAUGUACCAUCUGAAAACCUUGCGUUCUAUUUCUCUGGCCUGAGAUCACCGACAUACGGAGCUUUCUUCACGAACGAUGCCAAGAACAAGGCCACAAAUGUUUCCAACACACUGAUUACCUUGAACAUGGAGGAGCAGCUCUACGAAACUUGGACCAACACUACGUUGAAAGGGCCCAAGGGACGUGCCAAUGCAGAGGUUGUUUGGGUGCCUGUGGGCAAGAAAGGUAUUCUUGUUGUCCUGGGAGGUGUUGUUUACCCUGAAUGGGCAGGACGGAGUGGCAAAUCUGCAAAUGAGGCAGAGAGUGUAAGUCAUAUCCAAACUUGCAUCGGUAUGGGAAUGAUAUUGACACUGCACGAUGACAAGGAAAAGCAAAGCCCUGAGUUUAUGCAGACAAUCGACAUCUACGACAUAGACAACAAGAAAUGGUAUAAGCAGGAAACCAAGGACGGUCCAGGCGCACGAACUCGAGGAUGUGCUGUCGUUGCUACGGCUUCAGAUCGUUCGAGUUUCAACAUCUUCUAUUAUGGCGGGUUCGAUGGCAUUCAUCCAGUGGACGCUUACAGUGAUGACGUCUGGGCACUCUCGCUGCCAUCCUUCACGUGGAUCAAGAUCAACGAAGGAAAGUCACUUCAUGCUCGCGCCGGACACAAGUGCUUCAUGCCAUACCCUGACCAAAUGCUUGUCUUUGGAGGUUACACGUCUCAAGCCGGAAGUUCGAUUACUUGUCUUGACCAGGGCCCAAUUGUGAACUUCAAUGUCACCAGUGGACAGUGGUUAGAUGGAUAUGAUCCUGAUGAGUACAGUGACUACGGCGUUCACGAAAAGAUUCAUUCUGAAAUCGGAGGCAAUGCCAAAGGUGGUGCAACGGCAACUGCCCCUGUAGAUGGCUGGUCGACGUCUGCCCUUGAAGACAUUUUUAGCACUAAAUACGACACCAAGAAGAUUAAGGAAUACUGGCCUUAUACUAAGGCAGUCUCAACGGGCAGACCUCGACUCGACAGCGGCGACGACAACAACGACAACAAGAGCGGUGGAUCUGGUCUUCCAAACUGGGUUGCACCAGUUCUCGGAGUCGUCCUUGGACUGAUGUUUGUGACCGGUAUUCUUGUUGUAUUCUGCCUCUGGCGCCGUCGCAAGAUCUUCAAGAACAGAUCAAGCGACGAUGGCACUGAAGAUCCAGGCUCGCGUAUCCGUUCAUGGAUCAGGGGCCAGCACAACGAGAAGGCUCCUACAAUCACAACAGACGAGACCCCGACAAGUCCUGGAACCGAAGUUGCCUCAACUGCGAGAUUCGUUGGUUUAUCACCGUCACCGUCUGAUACUCCUGCCUAUCCUGUACCUCCAGCUGAGGUGGCUGAUACCCAAAUCCAUGAGAUGCCUGACACCUCACGACCUCCUGAGCUCCAUGAUACAGGUCUCUCACCUAUCGAUAUUAUCCAAAAGUACUCCCACUUUGCCAAAGACGGCAAACCCCGCUCCAUGUCAAAUCCUUCCAGCAACUCUUACUCGAUAGGAGGGGAACAUGCAAGCACCGUUUCGAGAUCGACAGGACCCCAAGUAUCGCAGCCUGACUCCCCCACAGCAGGUCAUAAUCGCAUGACUUCAGAUGUAUCCGGGGUGACUGAAAGCGACGGGAAACCGACUCGCGUAACAUCUGAUGUUUCAGGCGUCUCUGAGGGCAAUGCCUUGACACUCAGGCAUACGGCCGUUCCCAUAAGUCCAAGGAGCGAUAAUGCAAGCUUGCCUUCGCCGCCACUUCCCUCUCCUCCCGCGGACCCAACACCCAAUUCACCCAUUGGUGAAGGACCAGUAUCCCCUGCACCAGUGUCUCCUCCCAGUGCCAGCGAGGCUCCUGGUCGGGACUAUAUCACAGCCAAGGCAUCAGCAAGCCCCAUCCGGAAGAGCAUGUUUAAGGAAAGCGAUGAGGACAUGGGUCAUUCUAAAUAG